CAGGGGCUGGUCGCGAGGAGAGAGAGGGAGCGAGAAAGAGAAAGCGUCACCGCCGCCCAUUCCGUCGAGCAUCUUCAGCAACCAGCACCAAGUCGAGUGGGAGAACUCGAGAAGUCCGUUCAGACUGUCGUCCUGUGUCCGCAGUCUCUCUCAAAAUGUCCGUGGGAAGUGACUUCGGAAACCCCCUAAGAAAAUUCAAGCUGGUGUUUCUCGGGGAGCAGAGCGUUGGAAAGACAUCUCUGAUCACAAGGUUCAUGUAUGACAGCUUCGACAACACAUAUCAGGCGACAAUUGGAAUUGACUUUCUGUCGAAAACAAUGUACCUAGAAGAUCGAACGCGUUGUCUCUCUGAACCCCAGGUGAGGUUGCAACUCUGGGACACAGCAGGACAAGAGCGCUUCAGGAGCCUCAUCCCCAGUUAUAUACGGGACUCCACCGUGGCCGUGGUGGUCUACGAUAUUACGAACGUCAAUUCAUUCCAGCAGACGUCAAAAUGGAUAGACGAUGUGAGGACAGAGAGAGGAAGUGAUGUCAUCAUCAUGCUUGUUGGCAAUAAAACAGACUUGGCAGACAAGAGACAAAUUACAAUUGAAGAAGGGGAACAGAGGGCUAAAGAACUGAGUGUCAUGUUCAUAGAGACCAGUGCCAAGACUGGUUAUAACGUAAAGCAGCUGUUUCGACGCGUGGCAGCUGCUCUGCCAGGGAUGGAGAGCAUACAAGAAACGAGCAAAGAAGGGAUGAUCGACAUCAAGCUGGACAAGCCGCAGGAGCCCCAGACCACCGAGGGCGGCUGCUCCUGUUAAUGGCCGCCGCCUGCCCGGGGACCCUUCAUGCACACAU